AUGAUAUCUGUAACGUUAACCAACGACAGCGUGCGUGACAAGUUGUCAGACUUGGGAUUAAGCGUUUUCAUAGGAAACUUAAAGAGAGCGAAAAAAUUACUAAAGAAUAAUGACAUAAAUAGCAAAUUUUUGAACAACAACAGCUUACUCCACAUCUGCGCUCACAAUGAAGACACGAGCAUGUUCUAUUUUCUGCUAAGCAAUGGUUGUGACUAUAAGCAUGUUAAUGAAAACGGAGACUCCUGCCUUCACAUCAUCGCGCUAAAUAACAACGUCUACUGCCUGGAUAUCCUCUGUCGGAACAGCAUCAAGGAGAUCAUUGACUUAAAGAAUAAGGUACGUUUACAAUACGUCCUAUUAAGGGGGCCAUUUUUUUUUAAAAUUACCAAAACAUACAAUUAAAUGUGUCAGGAAGGAGACACGGCUUUGCACAUUGCUAUAAAAAAUGGGUUUUCGGAAUUUUUUACCCUACUGAUAAAAUAUGGCGCAAACGCGAGCAUAAAAGACGACGUAAGUGUUGCCUUCGUUUUGGCCGUUCUGCGCCCCUUCGACAUGGACGCGUACGAAUUGUUGGACCUCUACAGGAAGAAGGAAAAAUUUUACGACUGCAAUUCGAGAACAUAUGCGAACAUGUUUAAUUUUUUAAUAACCACGAGGAAGGAGCGUUAG